AUGGUUGCUUGCCCCGAAACAUCCAGGCGAUACACCAGGAGACUACAGAGAGCUGGGAUACAGCGGCACCGAGGGAGUUGGGGUUGCUGGAAACGGGUCCUUGGUGAUCUCACGGGUAUCCAGAGAUCAUGCCGGCUUCUAUCUGUGCCAGGCAAGCAACGGCAUCGGCCCCGGCCUCAGCAAACUCAUUCGGCUAACAGUUCACGCGGGCCCUCAAGUAUCGGUGAAAACGCAGCAGGAGUCAGUGCGGCGAGGAGAGAGCGUGACACUGCGCUGCGAGGCCGAAGGAGACGCACCUCUUGAUCUGAGUUGGCGUGCCCGUGACAGCAGAGUCGAUCCCAACUACGACGUUAGGUACACGAUAGAUAAUCAGAAGGUGUCAGGAAGGUUGAUCUCCGAGCUGCGGAUCAGCCAGGCGAACCACAUAGACCGUGGGGACUACAUGUGCGUAGCGACGAAUGCUUAUGGGCAUGCGAGGGCGAGCAUCAAACUGCUAGUUCAGGAGCCACCGAAUUUUCCCCGAAAUUUACACGUAGCCGAGCAGGGGAGCAGAUCGUUGCUGUUGGCCUGGUCGUCGCCGUCCAGCGAGCAGGAUCCAGCGCACGCCAGCUCCCCUAUAACCAACUACAUCGUGCAGUACAAGGAGGCGCAGGACGUGUGGCAUGAGCACAACAUGCAGAAGAUGGUGGCAGGGGACAACACGGUCGCGCUGGUAUCGCCUCUAAAACCGGCGACUUCCUACCACUUUCGGGUGCUUGCGGAAAAUCACCUUGGAACAUCAGCGCCAAGCGACAUCCUUCAUGCCCAAACGGAUGGCGAGAUCCCCGGCGGACCACCUAGGCACGUUAUCGCCGAGCCCUUAGGACCGCAGCAAGUGAAGGUCACCUGGCAACCACCGGAUCGAUCCCUCUGGAACGGUGAACUUCUCGGAUACACCAUCAGCUACGCCAAUCUCGGGGGGAAUGAUCAAUCGGUGAACAUCACCAGAGUGGGAAUCACGGGAAACGGGGACGGUUCGUACGAUUAUAGGCUAACCGGCCUGCGGAAGUACACCCAGUACAGCGUGGUGGUGAAGGCGUUCAAUAAUAAAGGCGACGGCCCAGGAUCUGACCCAGUGACGGUGCAGACCCUCGAAGACGGUGAGCGAACGACAUCA